AAGAAGAAGAAAUGUCAUCUUAUUCUUCUUCUAUUUCUUCAACAACUCUAGUCAUCUUCUUUGUACUUCUACUUCGCGGCACCGAAGCUCAAUUGAGCUCCGACUUCUACGAUCACACGUGCCCGGAUGUGUACCAUAUCGUGCGCAGCGUAAUCAAGCACGCACACAAAUCCGACAUUCGGAUCUACGCGAGCCUUAAUCGCCUUCACUUCCAUGACUGCUUCGUCCAAGGUUGCGAUGGAUCAUUGUUGUUGGAUAGUAGCUCGACGAUAGUGAGCGAGAAGAAUGCGAUUGGGAACAAUAAUUCCUUACGGGGAUUUCCCGUGGUAGACGCGAUCAAAGAGGCACUAGAGCAUGCUUGUCCUGGCGUGGUCUCAUGCGCGGAUAUCCUCGCCCUCGCAGCUGAAGCUUCUGUAGAAUUGUCUGGUGGCCCCAAGUGGUGUGUGCUGCUGGGAAGGCGGGACAGCACAACGGCAAACCUGACCGGCGCCCAAAACCUUCCAAGCCCCUUCGACAGCCUGCAGGCACUCCGGUCAAAGUUCUCCGCCGUCGGCCUCAACGACACUGAUCUCGUCGCCUUAUCAGGAGCACACACUUUCGGUCGAGCACAAUGUGGGAUCUUCAGCUACCGACUAUACAACUUCAGCGGGACGGGCCAGCCCGACCCGACGCUGAACGGAGACUACCGGGUCCAAUUACAGCAGAACUGCCCGCAAAACGCGAACUUCAACAGAUUGAACAAUCUCGAACCGACCAUGCCCGACAUUUUCGACUACAACUACUUCCUCGACAUCGAGAACAACCGCGGCCUCCUGCAGUCCGACCAAGAGCUGCUCUCUGCAGUGGAUGCGGUGUCGACCACCGCCCCGAUCAUAAACAGCUUCGCCAGCGACCAGAGCACCUUCUUUAGCAACUUCGCGGCGUCGAUGAUCAACAUGGGGAAUAUAAGCCCAUUAACUGGGGAUCAAGGGGAGAUUAGGAAGAAUUGCAGGGUGGUUAAUGAUAGCUGAAGAAAUAUUGGUGUGGAAAUUUUUGUAGUUAAUGGUCUGUUUGUUUGCACGGAAGUGGGGUGGAACCGUGGAAGUGGGAAGGGGAAAGUGAUUUUCGGUGAAAACUGACUACUUCCGUUGUUUGGUUUAUUGUAAUUUUAUUACGGCCGAAAGUUUAGUUCACCCAAAAUACCAAAAUUGACUUCGCCCUUCCCAUGGGGCGAAGUCAAUUUCGGUGAAGUGAAAGGAGGCAAGAGUGGGAACUUAAUUAUGGUUGAUGUCUUACGGUUACACUCUUCUCAAUUGUGAAAGUAAUUAAAUUUUUUAUUUUGAUUGUA